CCAGAAGCCCCUACGGCAAACCACUGAAUCAUAAGCCAGGGCUGCACCUUAUUGUCAGUGAAUGAUGGCGGAGCUGGGUGGCUUGUCAUCAUUCUCGAAAAUUCUGAGGCUAGCGAGCUCUCUCUCCCUCUCCCACUUGCCUUAUUUUCCUUUUCGCCACUGCGGGGACUUUUUCUAAUUUGCAGCUCCCCUUUCCCUGAUACACACAGGCGGGAGCUGGGGGCUUGCAGACUGCAGUCUGUCAGGAGCUAGAGAGCCAGAACUAGAGCCAGCCUGUGGAGAUAAUGCUCCCGGAGAAGGAUUCCGCAGCAGUCCUUAAAGGCUAGACUCAGGUGGUGUCUCGGCAUAAGCACUGUAGAUUCUUCAGUUUGUUGUCUCUAACCGAGGAAGCAUUGAUUGGGAACCACUCAUUCAGAAAAUUAAAAGAAGGAAGCCAGAACUUAUUAUUAACCCUUUGAGAACACAACAUAACAAGCUUUACCAUUUUACUACUUCCUUGAAUAGGAGAGAGGUCACGGGGUGUUGAAGAAUGGCAGAUGAUCGGAAAGAUGACGCAAAGGCACCUCACUGGACCCCAGCUCAGCUAACGGAGGCGUCUGCACACCCGCAUCCACCCGAGAUCAAGGAUCAAGGCGGGGCAGGGGAAGGACUUGUCAGAAGCGCCAAUGGAUUCCCAUAUAGGGAGGAUGAGGAGGGCACCUUCGGGGAGCAUGGGUCACAGAGCGCUUACUCAAAUACCAAAGAGAAUGGGAUCAACGGAGAGCUGACCUCAGCUGACAGAGAAACAGCAGAGGAGGUGUCUGCAAGGAUAGUUCAAGUAGUCACGGCUGAGGCUGUAGCGGUCCUGAAAGGCGAACAAGAGAAAGAAGCUCAGCAUAAAGACCAGCCUGCAGCUCUGCCUUUAGCAGCUGAAGAGACAGCUAAUCUGCCUCCUUCUCCACCCCCAUCACCAGCCUCAGAAAAGACCGUUGCCGGGGAGGAAGAAGAAGAAACGCUAGAGGGUCCAAUGGCGGAGGAAGAGAAACCUGCCGCCCUUCCUGGGAAAGAGUGUGGGCCUGCCAAGGUCUCAGAGCAAGCCAAGGGCUCCAGGGAGGGCCAAGUGGAAUCUAGUAUGGAGGCCCAGAUAGUUUCCGAAGAGAGUGCCCCAGCAAGGGCCCCGCAGGAGAAAAAUGCAAAAGAGGUCACGGAGGUGUCUCCAGAAAUACAAACCCCUUCCUCUGCCAGGGAAGGUUUACUUACAGCCUCGAAGAUGGAGUUCCAUGAUCAACAGGAACUGACUCCCUCUUUAGCUGAGCCAUUCGACAAGAAAGAAAAGGAGUCAGAGAAGCAGAGUCAGCCUGGUGAAGACCUUAAACAUGCCUCCUUAGUUUCUCCACCUGAGACAACUGAAACGUCCCCUGAUAACAAGGACAGACAAGGCACAGAAGAAGGAAGAGCCCCUCUCGCCCUGUUUGGGCACACUCCCGGUGCCGGCCUGGACGACGCGCAGCAGAAGGCAGAGCUGGGCCCGGCCGUGCCCGGUAUCGGCCUCCUCGCAGAAACCCCAGCUCCAAAGGAGCAGAAGGACUGGUUCAUCGAAAUGCCACUGGAAACAAAAAAGGAUGAGUGGGGCUUAGCUGCUCCGAUAUCUCCUGGCCCCCUGACACCCAUGAAGAAAAAAGAUGUGUUUGAGGAUAUCCCAAAAUGGGAAGGGAAACAGUUUGAUUCUCCCAUGCCGAGUCCUUUCCAGGGCGGAAGCUUCACUCUCCCUGUAGAUGUCAUGAGGAACGACAUAGUUGCGGAAGCAUCACCUCUUGCCCCCGCCCUGUUACAGCCAGAUGACAAAAAGUCCGUGGAGGAAACCAGCAGCCCAGUGACUGCCAAAGACCUUUCUAAAGUUGAAGAGCCCCAUAAGGAUAAACCUUGCAAAAUGGCAGAGGAUGCCCACUUUGCUGUUGUGGAAGAAUGUGUCCCUGAGAAAGUUUUAGGAGAGGAAAAGGGGGCAAUAGAGCAAGAAAGUGUGCAGAAAGGAGAGGUGUCCGCCUUUGGUGGGCAGGAACCUUCAGUUACUGAAAAGGAGCCUCAGCUAAAGCUUGAAGAAAUAAUAAGCAUUCCCGACAAAGAAACCCUGCUGAAAGAGAGCGAACCCCCCAAGCUGGCAGAUAAAGAAACAGGCGUGACUCAGCCCUCCCCAGAGUACACGCUCUCAGAAGAAGAACGGAGAGGCCAACAGCUGUCCACAGAUGCAUUCCAACAGGAUUUGUUCCCUGAAUGUUUGGAGCGAGACAGUGCACAUUCAGCUGUGACUUCUAAAACACUGGAGGAAGCCGUGCACAAACCAGCUGUGCUGAGUGAGAAGGAUGCUAUUGAAGACCUGUUUGAAGAAAAAUGUGCUGACAAUAAGGCAGAAGGAGUUGGGGCCGCAACCUUAGCUGAGCUGGAUGUGCCGUUUUAUGAAGAUAAGUCAGGAAUGUCCAAGUACUUUGAAACGUCCGCCUUGAAAGAAGAAGUGACAAAAAGCGUCCAGCCUGGCAGUGAUUACUAUGAACUGAGUGACACGAGAGAGAGUGCCCAGGAGUCUUUUGAUACCAUAUCUCCCAUGUAUAAAAAUGGUGACAAGGGACUUCAGGCAGGUAGAGAAUCACAGCCCGGUGCUCCAGCACAAGAAGCAGGGUAUAGCUCUCUUGCAAAGAGUUACCCACCUGAUUUGCCGGAGGAACCCAGUUCUCCUCAAGAAAGAAUGUUCACUAUUGAUCCAAAAGUGUAUGGGGAGAAAAGGGACCUCCACAGUAAGAAUAAGGAUGAUCUGACACUAAGCAGGAGUUUAGGACUUGGUGGUCGGUCUGCAAUAGAACAGAGGAGCAUGUCAAUCAAUUUACCCAUGUCUUGCCUGGAUUCCAUAGCUCUUGGAUUUAACUUUGGUCGGGGGCACGAUCUUUCUCCUCUGGCUUCUGACAUUCUAACCAACACUAGUGGAAGUAUGGAUGAAGGGGAUGAUUACCUUCCAGCCACUACCCCUGCACUGGAGAAAGCCCCUUGCUUCCCAAUAGAAAGCAAAGAGGAGGAAGAACAGGCAGAAGGAGAAAAAGCUACCAGAGAGGGAAACACUCAAGCCGAGACAUUGUGUGAAUCGCCAUUCCUAGCCAAAGAUUAUUACAAAAAUGGUACUGUCAUGGCCCCUGACCUGCCUGAGAUGCUAGAUCUGGCAGGCACAAGAUCAAGACUAGCUUCCGUGAGUGCAGAUGCUGAGGUUGCCAGGAGGAAAUCUGUCCCAUCAGAGACUGUCACUGAAGGAAGUAGUACUGCCUUACCCCCUGUCACUGAUGAAAACCACGUCUUUGUUAAAACGGACAGUCAGCUCGAAGACCUGGGCUAUUGCGUGUUCAAUAAAUACACGGUCCCACUCCCAUCACCCGUUCAAGACAGUGAGAAUCUCUCAGGAGAGAGUGGUUCCUUUUAUGAAGGCAGUGAUGAUAAACUACGAAGAGAUUUGGCCACAGAUCUUUCAUUGAUUGAAGUAAAAUUGGCAGCUGCUGGAAGAGUCAAAGAUGAGUUCAGUGCCGAAAAGGAAGCAUCCCCGCAAUCAGCGCUGGGUAGGGACUUUGAUCAGGAGAGGAAAGCUAGUGACAAACUGGAUACUGUACCAGAAAAGAGUGAAGAACAUACUGAUUCAAAAGAACAUGCAAAGGAAACAGAAGCGGCUGGUCUUAAGGUUGAAACGUUUGGAUUAGGAGUAACCUACGAGCAUGCUUUGACCGAAGAACUGACCGUAUCAAAAGAUGCAUCAUCUGUCAUGGCCGAGAAAGCAGAGAAAGGUCUCAGUUCAGUGCCAGAGGUAGCUGAAGUAGAGCAAUCCAAAAAAGCUGAAUCAGAACUGGAUUCUGCAGCAAAGAAAGCUGACCAGGUUCAAUUAGAUAUUAAAGUCAGUGAGUUUGGACAGAUGGCCUCAGGGCUAAACAUAGAUGCUGGAAAGGCAACAGAGCUUAAAUUUGAGGCUACACCCUCAGCGCCUCAGGAGGCAGAUGUGUUUCUGGGUAUUGAGCCGGGCCACCUGAAAGAAGGCGCCAAAGCCGGUGAGACGGAAGUCAAGGAGAAGGUGGCCAAGCCUGACUUGGUGCACCAGGAGGCUGUAGACAAAGAAGAGUCCUACGAGUCCAGCGGUGAGCAUGAGAGCCUGACCAUGGAGUCCUUGAAGCCAGAUGAGGGCAAGAAGGAAACAUCCCCAGAAUCUUCUCUAAUUCAGGACGAGAUUGCCAUCAAGUUGUCCGUGGAAAUACCUUGUGCAUCUGCUGUUUCAGACGCUGAUUUAGCCCUGGAGGAGAGAGCAGAUGACCAGCUGGCAUUUAUGCCGCCGCCCAAAGAGGAAAGCAAGGAGACCCCAGGCAUAUCCAUCACGCCCUCUGAGGUCACAGAGCCCUCGCCUGAAGCCAUCGGGGCUGAACCGGCAGAAGCUCAGAGUGAGGAAGAAGAGAUAGAAGCCCGGGGAGAAUACGAUAAACUGCUUUUUCGCUCAGACACCCUUCAGAUUAGUGACCUGGGCAUCCCGGGUGCCAGGGAGGAAUUUGUGGAGACCUGCCCCAGUGAACACAAAGGGGUGAUUGAGUCUGUUGUGACCAUUGAGGAUGACUUCAUCACUGUGGUGCAAACCACGACCGACGAAGGGGAGUCGGGCUCCCACAGCGUGCGUUUUGCAGCCCUGGAGCAGCCUGAGGUGGAGAGGAGACCGUCCCCUCAUGCUGAAGAAGAGCUCGAACUAGAAGAGGCAGCGGAAGCCCAGGCAGAACCCAAGGACGGCUCCCCAGAAGCUCCGGCUUCCCCCGAGAGAGAAGAGGUCGCGCUCUCAGAAUAUAAGACAGAAACCUACGAUGAUUACAAAGACGAGACCACCAUCGACGACUCCAUCAUGGAUGCUGACAGUCUCUGGGUGGACACUCAAGAUGAUGAUCGGAGCAUCAUGACAGAGCAGUUAGAAACUAUUCCUAAAGAGGAGAAAGCUGACAAGGAAGCUCGGAGAUCAUCUCUCGAGAAACAUAGAAAAGAAAAGCCUUUUAAAACCGGGAGAGGCAGAAUUUCCACUCCUGAAAGAAAAAUAGCUAAAAAGGAACCUAGCACAGUCUCCAGAGAUGAAGUGAGAAGGAAAAAAGCAGUUUAUAAGAAGGCUGAACUUGCUAAAAAAACAGAAGUUCAGGCCCACUCUCCCUCCAGGAAAUUCAUUUUAAAACCUGCUAUCAAAUACACUAGACCAACUCAUCUCUCCUGCGUUAAGCGGAAAACGACAGCAGCAGGUGGUGAGUCAUAUCAGGUUCCCAGUGUAUUUAAACCGGCAAAGGACAAAGUCUCCAAUUCUACCUUGUCAAAGAUUCCUGCCUUGCAGGGUAAUACAAAAUCCCCAAGAUGCAGCUCAGCCUGCCCUAGUCCAACUAAAAGGACUACAUUUUCUGACAGUUUUUUCAUGCAGCCCACCUCAGCGGGCUCCACAGACCGUUUGCCAUACUCAGAAUCAGGGAACAAGGAUGGAGUAACCAAGAGCCCGGAGAAGCGCUCCUCUCUGCCGAGACCCUCCUCCAUCCUCCCGCCUCGCAGAGCUGUGUCAGGGGACAGAGACGAGAACUCCUUCUCUCUCAACAGCUCCAUCUCCUCUUCAGCACGGCGGACCACGAGGUCAGAGCCAAUUCGCAGAGCAGGAAAAAGUGGCACUUCGACACCCACUACCCCUGGGUCGACCGCCAUCACUCCUGGCACCCCACCGAGCUACUCUUCCCGCACGCCAGGCACUCCUGGGACCCCGAGCUAUCCCAGGACCCCUCACACCCCAGGAACCCCCAAGUCUGCCAUCUUGGUGCCCGGUGAGAAGAAAGUCGCCAUCAUACGUACUCCUCCAAAAUCUCCUGCUACUCCUAAGCAGCUUCGGCUUAUUAACCAACCACUGCCAGACCUGAAGAAUGUCAAAUCCAAAAUUGGAUCAACAGACAACAUCAAAUACCAGCCUAAAGGGGGGCAGGUUAGGAUUUUAAACAAGAAGAUCGAUUUUAGCAAGGUUCAGUCCAGAUGUGGUUCCAAGGAUAACAUCAAACAUUCUGCCGGGGGCGGAAAUGUACAGAUUGUUACUAAGAAGAUAGACCUAAGUCACGUGACAUCCAAAUGUGGCUCUCUGAAGAACAUCCGCCACAGGCCAGGUGGUGGGCGUGUGAAAAUUGAGAGUGUAAAACUGGACUUCAAAGAAAAGGCCCAAGCUAAAGUUGGUUCGCUUGACAAUGCUCACCACGUCCCUGGAGGUGGUAAUGUCAAGAUUGACAGCCAAAAGCUGAACUUCAGAGAGCAUGCUAAGGCCCGUGUGGACCACGGGGCUGAGAUCAUCACGCAGUCCCCAGGCAGAUCCAGCGUGGCUUCCCCCCGACGACUGAGCAACGUCUCCUCUUCCGGAAGCAUCAACCUGCUCGAAUCCCCUCAGCUUGCAACUCUGGCCGAGGACGUCACUGCUGCACUGGCUAAGCAGGGCUUGUGAAUAUUUCUCAUUUAGCAUUGAAGUAACAAUAUUUAGGCAUGAGCUCUUGGCAGGAGUGGGCUCUGAGCAGGUGUUAUGUUUAUUCUUUACAUACCAUAAAAUAAAUAAUGUCCUUCCCAAACUCUAUUGUUACAAUUUUAUAAAAAAAAAUGAAUAGCAUAUGCAGAAAUUGACUUGAUUUCCAUUUGCAACAGGAAGACACUGGCUUUACAUACGUACAAUUGGACGAUUAUUUUUGCUCUGCUCUGUUUUGCAUGGAGUAUUAUCAUUUGAAAAAUUGCAUUUUUACCUUUCAUGUGCCUGAAGGCUAUCCACUACAUUCUGAAAGGCCUUGUUAAAAUCCAAGCUGCUCAUUUCACUAUCCUGUCCGUGGGCGAAAAGGUCAAAGCUGCCCAUUGUAACUUAUUCCAGAUUGAAGUCAACCAAGGAGUCUGAUGGCAGGAAGGGAAGAGCAUGUAAGAAAUGAGUUGUUUUUUUUUAAGUGUUAUUUUGUAUAAAUGGGAAGAAAGAUUCAAUUAAGUUAUUAACAUUUGGGACCUGGAUGAUUAUAUCAGAGUAUAAGUCAAUUCAGUAAAUUAUUUAACUAAUUAAAAAAUAGGAACGAAGCAUUUGAGCUGCGGUUGAGGACGUGGUGUAAAACUGCUCUGGCGCUUUCCUUAGGACGGACUCGUGUCUGAUUAGAAUGUCAGUUGAUCCGCUAGAUUUGUGUCCACACUACCAGUUUCACACCCCCUUUCCAUCUGUUUGAUACAGUAUUAUAGAUAUAAAUAUAUAUAUAUAUUUCUCUGUGGCCAUUUGUGAUACUUCCUCAUAUACUUGAAUAUUAUACUUCCUUAUUCACAGUAUCUGUGUCUCCUGCACCCUUUGGUGUUGCAAUUUUAGGUAUGUGAAAGUAGAUGUUAGCAGGGUUCUUUCCCUAUUUAAAAAAAAAUACAUUAAAAAAGACAAAAAGUUUUAGCAUGAAGUUGCCUUCUGUAACAACUCAAAGCUGUAACCCUGUUUUAGUGCCAGAUACAAGUCUCUCCCAUGAUGCUAGAAAAAUUUAUUUUUCUUUGCUUUCACCAACAUGGAGUUUGUGGGGGUGGGACCAGUUAUACAUAAAAGGGUUUACAGAUUGUCAGUUUAAGAUUAUGGAUUUAAAUUAUUUUGAAUCAUGGAAUAGUUUGGGUUUUAUUUCUGUAAUCAUCCAUGAAAGACUUAACUAAGAUUUCUUCUUUCUUUCUUUUUUUUUCAUUUGCUAAAGUUGAAACUCACAAUGGGAGUUUGGGACUGGUUGUCCCGUUCUUCCGAAAAAGUACCUGCUUACUACAUUGUCCGAGAGAAGAUAUUUGGCUUCCUUCCCCAAAGUAAGAUCCCUUGAUCAGAAAGGAAAAAUACAGUUCUUUGAGAAGCUAUAGCUACAAAAUAUUUGAGAGACCGAUAUCAAGAUCAUUUUAUAUCAGUAGGUAAUACUGUUUUGACUUUACAUACAGUUAAGAAAUCCCAAAUCAAUUAAUUAAGUCCUCUCGCAAAUCAUUCAUUUUAGACUCUUGAAGAAACAAUGAAGUAGUCAAUGGCAUGAAUGAGGCAAUGCAUUACCAGGCUAGGUGGACACUCUUGACUGUUUUAUCUAUUCCUUUUCUUGCUCAGGGCUGGUAAGGUUGGAUUUGAACAGUUACAGGCAAAUGAUCUGGUAGGUAUUAGAUUCCUUUGAGCCAAAUCAAUUCCUGAAUAUAAAGGAAGAAAUGACAAGCAUGGACGAGGCAAAAAGGGAGUAACAUCCAAGAAAGAAUCCACAGGAUGCAAUGACAGAGACACGGUGACAUUUUGUGAUGCAUUGAAUAUUGGAACCAAUGUAACUUCCACAAAAGAAACUGUAGGAGCAAAUAUGCACCAUUCAUUCUCAACUAAGAGGUCUUACAUGGGCAAACAUGUCAGAAAUCUUUUAUAAAUCGGUUACUUUACACAACAGUCAGAAGGAGAAAAACUGCUGAGUAGAGCUGCGGUUGUGUUUAUGUUCUGCCUAAUAAUUGCUGUGAGGUUUGAUUUGACCAAUUUGGGUAUUUUAUCCAUCAGCUUCCCUUGAAAUGCACCAGAAAAUAAGAGAAGAAAGAAUAGUUCUAUAGAGACUUAUGGUAUUUCUUACAUGUUUGGUAGUGUUAGAUAGUGAUUGAGGUUCUAGAGAAAGAAGUUAACAGCUGAUUAGAACAGUUUUAACAGGUGAAACACGUAUUUUUUUCAACUUGGGUUAAGUUUUUUAUAAGUUAAGAAUAAGUAAACAUACUCUGCAUAUUACAAUUCAGUUUCUUAAUAAAACAUGCCCAAAAUAAAGAUAUCAAGCAUGGAAUUAUUAGAUUUGGCAUUAAAACAAAUGUUUAUUUCAAACCACAGCAAAAUUAUAAUGAAUAAAUCUCUCUCUUUGUAUGGAAAUAUGAUUCUCUAUAAAGUUAGGAGCAACAACAACCUGAUAACUUGUACUGAGGAAAGAGAGAGACACACAGGAUAAAUGUCUUUUUAUGGGAACAAGUGGUGGAGCCCAUCUUGCCUUCGCUCUCAAGACUAACGACACAAAUUAAGCUUUUUGAACACCACUCUUGUGGGGACAUCCAUACGCUGAUCUAGAAAUUAAAGCUUCAUAGUUAUAAUUCUAGAUCUAUUAAUGCCAGUUUCUCUCUGGCUUUAGCCUUUGAGAACCUGUUUAAGAAUAUAUAAGUAAUCCAGAGCUAUGAAGAGUUAAAAGGCCAGCUUCUUCAAUGAACUCACCCUCUCUGGGUCGCCUGCAACCAAGAAUUGGAUACCUUACAACGAUGCAGGAAAGAUCCGAGCUUAUGCUGAGUUUCAAAGGCCAUGUUCACUUAGGAACCAACUCUCUCUGGAUUCUCCUGCUGAGUUCCAGCAGGAUGAUGGGCUGAAAUCCCACCCCCAAGUGAGACACCUGUGUGACACCAGCUAGGUAUGGCUGAAGAAGGGUAAAGAGAGAACUUUGUUAAAUGGAAGACUGUACCGGUGGGAGCUGGCCUUCUCCAGAUGCUCGUUUAGUCAUACAGUAGGAAAUGGGACCCUCCACCAAAUAUAGUAACAUCACGUCAGUAUCAUUAAAUAAUCUCAAUGUGGCUGAUUCUGACAUAGGUACAAUGAUAGUUUUUCUCAUAUUGUUCAUGCUACAAAAGGGUGGCAAAUAAACAAUUCAUGGUCUUAGUAGCCAAGAAAAAAGAAAAACACCUAGAUUCAUGGCUUGGAAAAGCAAAUGCUAGGCAUUCCUUCAAAAAACAGACAUGCUCAAGUCAGCAUUGAUGUUUCUUCAUUUAGGCCUAGGAUUCUUAGCCUCCUUGUGUAGGUUGAGACCAAGUCCCUCUGCAGGAAAAAGGUUAUUUUCAAAUUCAAAAAAUGUCAAUCAUUAAAAUCUACUUCAACUUUAGCAAAAAGAAAAAAAAAAUCAACAAAAAGUAUACUCUGUAUGCUGGGAUUCCAAGGUUCCAACACUCCACUCCAAAUCUGUGGGGGGUUUCUUUCUUCUGAUAAUUCUAGAGCCUGUUACCAUAGAAAGGCAUUUCUUCAAUGGCUGGUUGUAGUUAGUUCAUGUUUUUCAAUCAAAAUUUGCAAAUGUAUUUGUUGCUGUAUAGUGAUUGUUUUGCAAAAUAAAAUUGCUUGUCAUCUGA